AUGAAGAUUUUACUUGUUUCUCUAUUAGGGCUGCAACUGGUUCUUGUAAUGGGGCACUGGUGUGAUCACACAGUAAAGGAGAAAGUGGAGAGGCUGAUCUCCCCCCGUCUGCAGCUCGAGGUGGACUGUUCCGAGGUAUAUCAGUACAACACUCAGGGCUGGAGGCUAGACGUGGACAGAAUGCGCCAUGAGCACGGGGGAGAUGAUGGCAUUGCGAUGUAUUACAAAAGACAGGGACCCAAAGCAUCCUGUUACUUAUUCAAACCUCCUGACAUUGAGACAGAGACAGUAAACAGGACAGUGAGGGAGUGUUGUGAAGGUUGGGGUGGACCGCACUGCUCACAGGGAGUGAGUGCCAGGGGUCUGUGUUUUUCCACCUGGACGUGUGAGGAGUUUCCCGGGGUUCAUAAUACAUCUCUCAUGUCACUGGAGCAGUGCUGCAGUAACCUUUGGGGUUUGAGCUGGAGAAAUGCAUCUGAUCAGACCUGCAUCUCCUGCACAUACACACUCCUGCAAGACGUCAGUUUCUCUCCUCUCAUUCGUGGUGGGCUGCUACGAGGCAUUCGGGACUCCCAGGCGUCGGCCACCUGUAUGAGCUGGGGUGGGGCGCACUACCGCACCUUUGACAGGAAACACUUCCACUUCCAAGGCAGCUGUACAUAUAUACUGGCAUCAUCCACUGACGGGACGUGGACUGUGUAUAUGAGUUCAGUAUGUGCUACUACUGGACACUGCAGCAAGGCUCUGCGGAUGAUGUUGGGACUUGGUUUGGUCUUCAUUCAUGAAGGCAACAUGACAGUUAAUGGUUUAGUGCUGCCGCAGGGGGAACCACUCUUCCAAAAUGGAGUAAGUGUUCACUGGCUGGGUGAUUUCGUGUUUGUGGAGAGCGGUUUGGGUGUAAGAGUAAAAUUCGACAUGGACAACACCAUCUACCUGACCGCUACCGCUGAACACCUGGCUACCACUAGGGUCUGCGGAGUAUAUAACAACAACCCAGAUGAUGACUUUACUACCAGCAGUGGAAGUGUGUCUCAGUACGCCGCCAGCUUUGGAAACUCAUGGCGUGUUCAAGAUUACCAGAGCCAGGUUUGUAGUGAUGCGGCGGAGUUGGGUCACAGCUGUGAUAUCUCCAAUGACGUCUCUCUACGUCGUAACGCAGAAGCAGCAUGUCAUCGCCUUAAAGAGAAUCCGUUCUCACACUGUCAUCACCAGGUGGAUCCUGGUCCGUAUAUAGACACAUGUCUUUAUCUGUUCUGCAGUCUGGAUGUGAACGAGAGAGACACGGCGGUGUGUGACACAUUAGCCAGCUAUGUGCGUGAGUGCGCGCAGCGACACAUCAUCAUCAGCUGGAGGGGGGCGGGGCUUUGUGAGCGUGUUUGUCCAAGCGAUCAGGUGUUCUCCGACUGCGUGUCGUCCUGCCCACCCUCCUGCUCGUCCCCUCUUCCUCCAGCGUCGAGUCAGUGUAGAGAGGAGUGUGUCGGGGGGUGCGAGUGUCCUCCAGGUCUCUACCUGCACGCGGGUCAGUGCCUGAGACGAGACGACUGUCCCUGCUUCCACAGACGCCACACCUACAGCGCAGGAGACACCAUCAAACAGAGGUGUAACACAUGUGUGUGUCAAGCGGGUCAGUGGGAAUGUUCUGGAGAGAAAUGUGAAGCUCAAUGCGCUGUGAUUGGUGGAAUGCACAUCACCACCUUUGAUCAGAAACGAUACGGCCUGCAGGGCAGCGACUGUCAGUUCACAGCAGUGGAGGAUUUUGUGGACAAGAAGCUCUCUGUGUCCAUCAGCGUGGGUCAGUGUGCAGGAUCUACCGUCUGUCUGAGAGAACUGACUGUCACUGCACUCCACACGACAGUUACAGUUACUGAUGCAGGUUCGGUGAUGGUGAACGGUCAGAGGGAGUCGCUCCCGGUGGUAACAGGAGAUCUGAUGGUCAGAAAAGCCUCUUCUAGUUUUCUGCUGGUCCAGAUGUUUGGUGCUCAGCUGAUGUGGUAUCUGGACGGUCCUCUGCUCCUAAUCACCCUGCAGCCGGGGUUUGCUCAUAAGGUUCGAGGGCUGUGUGGCACUCUGACCUGGAAUCAGCACGAUGAUUUCACCACACCUGAGGGUGACGUGGAGAACAGCGUGCCCUCUUUUGCUGCCAAAUUCAGCACGGGGUCAUGCCCUCUGCCCUCAGCGGUGACCUUUGACCCCUGCGGGACGUACACCCAGCGGAGACAGUAUGCAGACAGCGUGUGUUCUGUGAUUCACAGCGCAGUGUUUCAGGCGUGUCAUGAUGUGGUGGACAGAGAGUCGUACAUGCGUUUGUGUCUCAGUGAAGUGUGCAACUGUGGCUCGCAGAUGUCUUGUCAGUGUACUGUCCUCACUGCCUAUGCCCGCCACUGUGCCCAAGAGGGGGCGCCGAUCAGCUGGAGAAACCGCACGUUCUGCCCGGUGCAGUGUUCAGGCGGUCAGGUGUAUCAGGAAUGCGGGCGUCCGUGUGGAGCUGCCUGUGCUGAUCUGUGGAGGGGCUGGAGCUGUGAGCAGGACGAGGGCAGCAGAGACUGUGUGCCGGGAUGUCAGUGCCCGGAUGGGUUGGCACAGGACAGUGAGGGUCAGUGUGUGCCCAUCGACUUGUGCCCCUGUGUGCACUCAGAAAAACUCCAUCCUGCAGGAAGUACCAUACAGAAGAACUGCAACAGCUGUGUAUGUUCUCGUGGCGUGUGGAGCUGCACGGAUGUGGCGUGUCCUGAUGUCCGUCAGUGUCCAGGCUCUCUCAUCUUCUCUCCUCGCUCGUGUCUGAGGACGUGCUCGAGUCCAAACUCUCCUCUGGAUCACUGCACUGAACCCGUACACGGCUGUGUCUGUCCUGAUGGGACUGUACUGCUGGGCGAUCAGUGUGUAAAGCCGGAUGAGUGUCCAUGCCACCACAAUGGCAAACUUUAUUUCACCAAUGACACAAUUUCCAAAGACUGCAACACAUGUGUUUGCAGAGAGCAGCGUUGGCACUGCGAUCAGUCGUUAUGUGCGGGCAUCUGUGUGGCUACAGGUGACCCUCACUACAUCACCUUUGAUGGCCGUUACUUCUCUUUCCUGGGUGACUGUGAGUAUGUGCUGGCGCAGGAGACGAGCGGACUGUUCAGUGUGAGCGCUGAGAAUGUUCCCUGCGGGAGCACAGGGGUCACCUGCACAAAAUCUGUCACUCUGACUGUGGGCAACACGGCGAUACACCUGCUCAGAGGUAAAUCUGUGAUGGUCAACGGGAUUCCAGUCACUCUUCCAAAGUCAUACUCGGGCAGUGGACUGAUUCUGGAGCGGGUUGGGUUAUUUGUGUCCCUCUCUUCUCGACUUGGGGUCACUCUGCUCUGGGACGGAGGUAUGCGUGUUUACGUGCGAUUGAUGCCUCAUUUGCACGGCCGAGUUGGAGGAUUGUGUGGGAAUUUUGAUGGAGAUGCGGAGAAUGACUUCACCACGAGACAAGGCAUCAUGGAAUCAACUCCAGAACUGUUUGGAAACUCCUGGAAGCUCAGUCCGUCCUGUCCUGAUGUCACAGACCAGGACCUCCGUGACCCCUGCAUUAUCAACCGUCACCGAGUGACAUGGGCGAAGAAGAAAUGUGCCGUGAUCGGUCAGGAGCUCUUCGGUUCGUGUCAUUCUGAGGUGCCGUACCAACAGUACUACGACUGGUGUGUCUUUGAUGCCUGCGGGUGUGACACAGGUGGCGACUGUGAGUGUUUAUGUACAGCGAUCGCUGCGUAUGCCGAAGAGUGUAACCGCAGAGGAGUGUAUGUACGCUGGAGGACUCAAGAACUGUGCCCAUUGCAGUGUGAGAAUGGAUUCGUUUACGAUGCCUGCGGUCCUGCCUGUUCUCCUGCAUGUCCCAGCACUCCCUCCAGCUCUGACAGUCUCUGUAGUGCUCUGUCUUGUGUGGAGGGAUGCUUCUGUCCACACGGCACCGUACCACACGGUAGCAUCUGUAUCUCUGUGUCUCAGUGUCCGUGUGAGUGGGACGGAUCCAUAUUCCCUGCAGGAGCAACUGUCACUCAACACUGUCAGAACUGUUCUUGUUCUGAAGGUAUGUGGCAUUGUGUUGGCUCUCCAUGUCCUCCUCCGUCGCCCUGUUUGGACUCAGAGUUCCGGUGUUCGGGCGGCUCUCUGCGGUGUAUUCCUGCUGUCUGGGUCUGUGAUAAUGAGGAUGACUGCAGUGACGGUUCUGACGAGCGUUGUCCGUCCACCUGUGCCCCGGGUCAGUUCCGUUGCUCCGGUGGAGCCUGCUUACCGCUCAAGCUCCAGUGUAAUGGACACCCUGACUGCGCCGACCAAUCAGAUGAGGACUUUUGUGCCCCAUCCUCACCUGAGCCUGGCUGUCCCGCUGGAGACUUCAGGUGUGCUAACGGACGCUGUCUAGCUGCCAGUAAAGUCUGUGACAGCAGGCUGGAUUGUGGAUUUGCAGAUGAUUCUGAUGAGCACGAUUGUGGUGUAAUGUGCAGACAGGAUGAGUUCCGCUGUGCGUUGGGUCGCUGCGUGCUGUUCCUCCACCGCUGUGAUGGUCACGAUGACUGUGGUGAUUUCAGCGAUGAGAGAGGGUGUGUGUGCGCUCUUGGAGAGUUCCAGUGUCCCGGCGAUCAGUGUGUUCCAGCAGAGAGAGUGUGUGAUGGCCACAGAGACUGUCCUACUGGCAUCGAUGAGGUCAUCUGUCCUGUUAAAGGGUGCAGUCAGUUUGAGUUUGGCUGUACAAGCGGGCAGUGUGUGCCACUAGCAUGGCAUUGUGAUGGUGAGACGGACUGUCUGGACGGGAGCGAUGAGAAACAGUGUUCUCGCAUCUGUCAGCCAGACCAGUUCCUCUGUCAGACUGGAGACCAGUGUAUUCAACACCAACAACUGUGUGACGGGAUGGCACACUGCAGAGACGCUUCAGAUGAGAGCGUUGACAACUGCGGUUCCACUCGGAUUCCUCCCUGUCCCGACAGUUUCUCGUGUGAUAACCGUACAUGUGUGAAUAUUUCACGAGUAUGUAAUGGGAUCGCAGAUUGCCCCAGAGGAGAAGAUGAGAUAUUGUGUGAUAAGCUCAGUCCCUCCGUAGCGCCCCCUAGUGAUGGAAACACCAGUCGAGUUUGUCCAGAGUUCACCUGUGCUGACGGAUCAUGUGUUCCUUUCAAUGCGUUGUGUAAUGGCUUAGCAGACUGUCCAGCUGCGGGCCCCUCAGAUGAGCAGGACUGUGGGGUCUGGGGCACCUGGAGUCCCUGGAGUCCCUGCAGUCGUAGCUGUGGAUCCGGAACCAUGAGUCGACAGAGACGCUGCACCCUACAGGAGACUGAUGGACACUGCAGGGGAGAAGACACACAGAGACAGCAGUGCUACUCUACUGCAUGUCCGGUUGAUGGUUACUGGUUACCGUGGGUGACGUGGUCAAACUGCAGUAAAGAUUGUGGUGGUGUUGAAGUGCAUCUUAGAGAGUGUGUCCCACCUCAGAACGGAGGCAGAACCUGCGCAGAAUUACCCGGAGAAACCGGCCUGACCACUGACAUCAAACCCUGUCCUCAGGAUGACUGUGUUAAUGUCUCAUGUCCCGCGGAUCUCAUCAGACACAGCUGUACGUCGUGCCCUUUGACCUGUGCUCACAUAUCCGGAGCAACAACAUGUGACCGGAACGCAAAGUGUUUCACGGGCUGCUGGUGUGCUGAUGGUCAGGUGAUGAAUCAUGAGAAUAAGUGUGUUCUGCCAGACGAGUGUGUGUGUGAGGUGUCGGGCGUGCGGUACUGGCCCGGUCAACAGGUGAAAGUGGGCUGUGAGAUCUGUGUGUGUGAGAGAGGCAGACCCCAACGCUGUCAGCCCAACCCAGAAUGCUCCGUGCACUGUGGCUGGUCGUCCUGGUCUCCAUGGGGAGAGUGUUUGGGUCCGUGUGGAGUUCAAAGUGUUCAGUGGUCUUUUCGCAGCCCAAACAACCCGUUAAAACACGGCAACGGCCAACAGUGCCGCGGAAUUUACCGCAAGGCCAGACGCUGUCAGACAGAGACAUGCAGAGUGUGUGUAUAUCAGGCACACACACAUGCAGUGGGUGAACGCUGGAAGGGGGGUCCGUGCCAGCUGUGCCAGUGUUUGCCAAACCUCACAGUGCAGUGUGCUCCUUACUGCCCAUACUCUGCCACUGGAUGCCCGCAGGGUCAUACUCUGAUCCCAGGAACUGGAGAUAAGUGUUGCCUUUGUGAAGGUAAAGGUAAUGGUACCUCUGUCUUGGCAACUACACCGGUGACCUUAACUGUUGCACCCUCCACGCCACCAGAGGGCCCUCCUGUGCCAACUUACCCUCUGCCAUCUGGAGAUGAGUGUUGGUCUCCUCUGGGCGUUCAGUCGCUCCCCUCCUCCAGUUUCAGCGCCUCGUCCCAUCAUCCUGGUCACCCUCCGUCAGCGGGACGCCUGCACGCACGAGACCUCCACAGCGACCUGCAGGGCUGGAGCCCAGAACCGGAGCAGUACAGAGAGCUCUCGCCUGGGACUCCUGAGGGACACGGAGACGUCCCACAUGCCCCGUAUCUACAGAUAGACCUGCUCAGACCCUACAACAUCACAGGCGUGUUGACUCAGGGUGGAGGCGUGUUUGACACCUUUGUGUCGAGCUUCUAUCUGCAGUUCAGUAAUGAUGCCAGUCACUGGUACACGUACAAAGAGCUCAUCACAGACGCCAGACCCAAAACCAAGGUGUUUCAGGGUAACAGUGAUGAUCGUGGGGUAGCUCUGACCCGUCUAGAUCGGAUGGUGUCGGCUCGGUUUGUGCGAGUUCUGCCUCACGACUUUCAGAACGGAAUCUAUUUGAGAGUCGAGCUCAUGGGCUGCGUUCACGGUAAAUCGUUUAGUUUCUUCUCUUGACCCUUAAACGCCCUCAUGACCCCACCCUUAAAUGUGGUCCUGGGGCGCCCCUGCAGAGAAUGGGAGUUCCGCUGCGGUAACGGCCGCUGUGUUCCUACUGGCCCUCAGGGGGCGCUGUGUGACGGUGUCAAUGACUGCGGUGAUGGCACAGAUGAACUCAACUGUGGUACUCUGCCGACUCCUACCAAAAGCCCUGUUAGCUGUCCACCAGGCCAGUUCUCUUGCCCUCCUCCAGGGGGCUGUAUACAGGCAGAGCGCCGCUGUGAUGGAGUUCCUCACUGUCCGGAUGGAGCUGAUGAGAGAAGCUGUACACACACACACAUCACACCCACCGCCGCCCCACUCAGGACAUCCAGCAAGAAGCCCGUUACCACACCCAAAGAUGGAGGACCUGGUCAGAAAGGUAUAUGCUCUUCUGCGCUGGGAUUGGAGGAUGGGCAUGUCCAUUAUGGUCAGCUGACCUCGUCCUCAUACAGGGAGAAUAAUCCUGCUGACGCUGGCCGUCUGAACGUUGUGCCCAAUGUUAUGAUCAUGGAGCCGGGGUGGAGCCCAUUGCCUGGAGACACUCAUCCGUACUUCCAGGUGGAUUUCCUGGAGCCCACGUGGAUAUCUGGUGUGGUGACGCAGGGCAGUGAACGCAUGUGGGGUUACCUCACCAAAUACACACUUGCUUUCGCUUUGGUGGAGAAUCAGUUCAUCAACUACAGUGAGACUGCAGACACAGGGUCUGUUCCAAAGAUAUUUGACGUGAGGAUGUUAGGUCGGACGCCGGUCACGCGCUGGUUAAACCGGCUGGUCAGAGCUCGCUAUGUCCGGAUCAUUCCUGUAGAAUUUCGCCACACGUUUUACCUCCGUGUCGAGGUCCUGGGCUGUAGAGGAGAUGAGUUGGUCACACCCACUAGUCCAGCAGUGCCCACAGCGCCCUCUGGUGUACCAAGCUUACAUAACCACACCGGACCAACAGAAAGUCCUGGUCACCAUGACUACACCACUGGAUCGCCGGGACUGCACACCAGAAGUCCUCAGGAUGGCAGCCCUGGUGUGGCUCCAGGGGGUCCAACAGGAGAACCAGGCACGCAUAUACUGACCACGCCCAGAACUGAGGGUGUGGUCACCCCUGGACAGCCGGGGCUGAUGUCACCUACACCCUAUACCAACACAAUGGGACCGUGGGACACGACACCUGAUGAUGGUUUACCCAGAAUACUGUGCGUGGAAGGACAGUUUACCUGCAGGUCAUUCGGUUGUGUUGAAGCAGCGUUUGUGUGUGACGGCCGCGAGGACUGUCCUGACGGCUCGGAUGAGGAUCACUGCGGACCCAUCACACCCACCGGACGCCCCCUGCUGCCUGACUCCUGUUCUGCCAAACAGUUCAGCUGCUGGAGCGGCGAGUGUGUGAGUCUGAAUAAGAGGUGUGAUCUCCGUAGAGACUGUGCUGACGGAUCUGAUGAGAACGACUGCUUCGACUGUAUUCUGUCUGCGUGGAGUUCGUGGAGUCAGUGCAGUGCAUCGUGUGGAUUGGGCUCUCUGUUUCGCCAGAGGAAUAUUCUGAGAGAUGCCCGUCCCGGUGGUUCCUGCGGCGGGGCACAGUUUGACAGUCGGGCAUGUUUCCUGGAGGCGUGUCCAGUGGACGGUCAGUGGUCGGAGUGGAGUGCGUGGUCAGUUUGUGACGUCUCGUGCGGUAGCGGACUGAAGGUGAGGAACAGAACCUGCUCAAACCCGCCACCCAAAAACGCUGGUAGAGACUGUGAGGGUUUGACACGACAGAUACUCACCUGUAACACACAUUCCUGCGGGCCGCAUACAGACACACAGACGGGCUGCACUGGAGGCAUGAUAUUAGUGAAAGAGUCCGACUGUUUGGCUGGAACAAUGGAUCCAUGUCCCGUGACCUGCUCUGACCUUUACUCUGAGAGAAACUGUACCUUAAACUGCACUACAGGAUGUCGUUGUCCUCCUGGUCUCUUCCUGCGAGCUGGCCGUUGUGUCAAUGCCAGUAAAUGUGAGUGUUUAUGGGACGAUUCAAUCCUGCAACCCGGAGAGGAAGUAAACAACAAUAGCUGCAGCACAUGCGUGUGUAAAGAUGGCCGUGUAACAUGUGAUGAAUCCAGAUGUGUCGCUCACUGUUAUUGGUCAGCCUGGUCUUCAUGGACGUCAUGUGACAGCAGCUGUGGGACUGGAAUACAACACCGCUACAGGUCUCCUCUGAGCCCAAUGAGCGUGUCGGGAGUCGUGCCAUGUGAGGGCGACUCUACGGAAGCCCGCCGGUGCUACACGCCCUGUUCAGACAUUCCUGAGGGAGUCGCGUGGAGUGUGUGGUCAGAGUGCAGUAAGACGUGUUUUCUUCAUGUGGACGCUGUUGGACUGCGACAACGCUUCAGGAGCUGUAAUCACACAGACAACAGCACCCCUUGUGGUGGAGACACGGAAGAACAGGAACCUUGCAACACAUUCCACUGCCCGGUUAACGGGGGCUGGUCGUCCUGGUCGAGUUGGUCUAAUUGUUCAUCUGAUUGUGACUCUGGAGUACAGACGAGAGGGCGUUACUGCAGCUCUCCUGCACCGCUGUAUGGAGGGCUCAGCUGUCCCGGGCCUCAUAUACAGACACGAGACUGUAAUGUCCAGCCUUGCUUGGGUGUGUGUCCAGAGGGCAUGAGCUUCCUGUCUAAUCAGCAGUGUCGGGCUAACGGUGGCGCAUGCCCGCGUGUGUGUCUAGAUGCCAUGGCAGACGUUGAGUGUGCUACAGAGUGUUACGAUGGCUGUUACUGUUCACCUGGUCAUUAUAUCUUCAAUAACACAUGUGUGCCUCUGGACCGCUGCCCAUGUUACCAUAAGGGGGCGCUGUAUAUGCAGGGAGACAGUGUGCCCUACGACCUCUGUAACAACUGCACUUGUAUUAACGGAGAGAUGACGUGUGGAACAGCGCCCUGCUCUGUGGAUUGUGGGUGGAGUGAAUGGACAGCCUGGAGCACGUGCAGUAGGACAUGUGAUGUGGGAAUCAGGCGGCGCUAUCGCUCAGGAACCAAUCCAGCGCCAGCUUUUGGUGGGCGCGCCUGCAAGGGCGACCGCCUGGAACUGGACACAUGUAGCAUUAAACCCUGUUUCGGAAUGAAGGAGCCGUGGAGUCAGUGGUCCAAGUGUUCAGUUCCCUGUGGAGGUGGAUACAGGAACAGAACCAGAGGACCAAUCAGAAUACACGGAACCCCACAGCAGUUCAGCGCCUGUAACCUUCAGCCCUGCGGAAAUGGAAGCUCUUGUUCCGACGGUCAGGAGUGGAGCACGUGUGUGAGAGACAAGCUGUUGUGUUCUGAUUUUGGGAUUGAUUACCAGAGCGAUGCCAACUGCCACCCUGGGUGCCAAUGCCCUGAGGGGUCAGCCCUACAGGAUGGCGAGUGUGCUCCUCUGCCACACUGCCGCUGUCACGUAGAAGGGGAACAACACAAACCCGGAACCACCGUCACCAAAGACUGCAACAACUGUACAUGUGAAUCAGGGAAACUCGUCAACUGCACGAGUGUCGAAUGCAACGUGGAUGGUGGCUGGUCAUCGUGGACGCCGUGGAGCGUUUGCUCUGUGUCGUGUGAUGCUGGUCUGCAGUCUCGCUAUCGGUUCUGCUCAAACCCGGAGCGCUCAGGGAAUGGACUCCCAUGUCUCGGGCCCGAUCGAGAGGACAGGGUCUGUGCUUCAACGUCAUGUAGCAGGGAUGGAGGCUGGAGUGAAUGGACUUCCUGGACCGGCUGUACCAAGUCAUGUGGCGGGGGUGUUCAGAGCCGCAGGAGGGAGUGUGAUCGGCCUGUUAAAGGGGGAGAUGGAGAUUACUGUGAAGGACUGGCGACUGAACUCAUCGCCUGUAACACACACCACUGUCCAGUGUCUCCAUGUUCACAUGUUCCCGGAAGCGUGUUUAGUACCUGUGGACCUUCAUGUCCAAGAUCAUGUGAUGACCUGACUCAUUGUGAGUGGCGCUGUGAGCCGGGCUGUUACUGCACUGAUGGUAAAGUUCUGAGUUCAAAAGGGUCAGAGUGUGUGGAGAAAGAGACCUGUCCAUGUCUGGACCUCAACACGGGACUGCGGAUCAAACACGGAGAGAUCAUACCCACCCCAGACGGCUGCAAUAACUGCACGUGUGAGGCAGGAAAACUGAGCUGCAGUGAAAAACCGUGUCCAGUGGAUGGCGGCUGGUGUGAGUGGUCUCAUUGGACUCCUUGUUCUAAGACCUGUGGUGCAGAAUCAGUGACUCGGUACCGCAGCUGUGCCUGUCCUGAACCCAGAUCAGGAGGAGCGGCCUGCCAAGACCAGCAGGAGACACACAGCGGUCUGGGAGUACAAAUCCAGAGACAACCAUGUUCAUCUGUCACCUUCUGUCCUGUUCACGGCUCAUGGAGCUCCUGGAGUUCGUGGUCUGAGUGUGACGUCUGUGCAGGUGUGUCAGUCAGACACAGACAGUGUAACAGUCCUCCUGUGCGGUUCGGCGGUCUGCCCUGCCACGGAGAGAGUCGACAGAGCCGCGGCUGCCAUGACAACAUCACCGAGUGUACAGACUGUGGUGGCGGUCAGGAGGAGUGGCCUUGCGGUAAGCCCUGUCCUCGCUCCUGCUCUGACCUCCAUGGAGACACCGAGUGUGUGGACACGCCAGCAUGCAGCCCGACCUGCGGUUGUCCCGGAGACAUGCUGCUGCAGGACGGAGUGUGUGUGGAGAGGGAAAUGUGUCGCUGUAAAUUCCACAACAGCAGCACAGCUGGACUAGAAACGGGCAAUGUUUCCUGGGCAUGGCCCAGCGCAUCACACUGGCAACAUGCAAAUCCAGGAGAGGCCGUCGUCACAGACUGUCAUAACUGCACCUGUGAAGCCGGUGUCCUGCAGUGUGACUCUGUUCCUGGUUGCUAUGUUGAUGGUGGGUGGGGCCAAUGGGCUCCCUGGUCAGAGUGCUCCACCCCAUGUGGAGGCGGGGUUAAAAUGCGGACACGUCAGUGUGAUAACCCCGCCCCUCAGGGUGGUGGCAGAAUGUGCACGGGCUCCGGCGAACAGCACAAAGUGUGCAACACUCACAACUGUACAGAUUCUGGUCCGUGGUUCGACUGGUCAGCAUGGUCUGUGUGCUCCGUCAGCUGUGGUGGAGGGUCUCAAAGCCGCAGUCGCACCUGUCGAAUGCCACCCUGCUCGGGCAUGAAACGACAGAGCAAGACCUGUAACACACAGGUGUGCCUGGAGGUGGGCUGUCCUCCCGGGCGUCUCUACAGAGAGUGUGACGGGGGUGACGGGUGUCCGUUCAGCUGUGCUCAGGUCAGAGGUCAUGAGGGCUGCUAUUCGGAGGGAUGUGAAGAGGGCUGUCACUGUCCCCACAACACCUACCAGCACAACAGCACCUGCGUUCAUCAAUGUCCAUGUCUGGUGGACGGUGAGUUCCUGGCCUCUUUGCAAAGUGUGUCAGCGACCCCUAAUCUGACCCCUGACCUCCAGAAUAUCACACUCGGAGCAGAGCUGAUGUCUGGAGAGGAACUCAUGCAUGAAUGCAGCUCGUGCUCCUGUGAGCACGGCUUGUGGAACUGUUCUCUGGUUCCGUGUCCCCGUGAUGGGGGUCUGUCUCCUUGGGGCCCCUGGGGCUCCUGCUCAUUCAGCUGUGGAGGUCUCGGCCAGAGGAGCCGCAGUAGAAGCUGUAAUCAGCCCAGUCCUGCUCACGGGGGCCGAGACUGUCAGGGGCCCCUACUGGACACCGCCUUCUGCCAGACCCCGGACUGCCCAGUGGUAACCAUACCAACCGAGGAACCAGCUGUGCCGGAUGAUGAUGUGGGGUUCUCUCAGUGGACAGUGUGGUCUCUCUGCUCUAGAACCUGCAGUGAUUCGGGUUCUCCAGCUCUGAAGUUCCGUACGAGAGAGUGUGUCCAUGAGCGCUGCUCUGGAGAGAGCCGACAGGAGAGAGUGUGUAAUCUGCCACAGUGUCCCGAUGGUGGCUUGUGUCAGGACCCUGAAUGUGCCGACAGGAACUGCUCCUGGAUGAGGUGGGGCGAGUGGAGUCCUUGCUCUCGCUCCUGUGGGGUCGGUCAACAGCAGCGCAUCCGGACCUUUCUUGCACCGGGCGUCAAUGGGACCUGGUGUCAGGACAUCCUGGGCGGCAACGUGGAAAAUCGCUUCUGUAAUAUUCAAGCGUGCCGUGUGAAUGGAGGCUGGUCUCGCUGGAGCCAGUGGUCUCGCUGUGAUAAAUCCUGUGGGGGUGGACGCUCCAUCAGAACCCGGUCCUGUUCUAGUCCUCCACCCAAGAACGGAGGCCGCAAGUGUACCGGAGAAAAGAACCAGGUCAAACCGUGCAACACCAAACCAUGCGGUGAUCACGGGUGCCCGCCAGGGCUGGAGUUUGUGUCUUGUGCCAAUGAGUGCCCACAACACUGCUCUGACCUACAGCAGGGCAUUCAGUGCCAACGCAACACAGAAUGCCAACCGGGCUGCCGCUGCCCACAUGGUCAGUUACAGCAGGAAGGUAUGUGUGUUCAGUUGUGGCAGUGUGACUGUCUGGAUGCUCUGGGUCAGAGUUGGGCCGCAGGCAGCAUGCACCAGGUCGACUGCAACAACUGCAGCUGCACGGAUGGUGCGCUCACCUGCACCAAUCACACCUGCGCAACAGACAGCACCUGCAGCUGGAGCACCUGGUCCACCUGGGCCGCCUGCAGCAGCACCUGUGGGCCGGGACGAAGAACACGAUUCAGAUCACUGGUUCCAGAAAGUUCUGGUGCUAACUGCCAAUUUGAGGAAGUCCAGCACAAACCAUGUGACCCAGGGACGUGUCCCCCGAUGUGUGUCCACGACAAACAGGAGCUGUCCAUCGGAGACACAUGGUUAGAAGGGGAGUGUAAACAAUGUACCUGCAUCCCUGAAGGAGAUUAUUGCCAAGAUAUAGACUGUCGAGUGGACGGUGGAUGGACGCCGUGGUCUGUGUGGUCCGAUUGUUCCGUGUCGUGCGGGAAGGGCAAACAGAUUCGAACCCGAGCCUGUAUCAACCCUCCACCGCGAAACAACGGCACAGACUGCACAGGACCUGAGAGAGACACCCAGGACUGUCACACUGCACUUUGUCUUGAUGAUCUGUGUCCCUGGUCCCGGUGGUCGUCAUGUUCUCGUAGCUGUGGUGCUGGCGUGAGCUCCAGACGUCGACAGUGUGUGUGUGAGGAAGAGGGAGAUCUCACGUGUCCUCCAGAGAACGAGAGAGACGCAGAGGAGACACAGUUGUGCUAUAAGAGACCCUGUCCGGCCUGUCCGAUGUCUGAAUGGAGUGAGUGGAGUGUGUGUUCAUGCGUCUCACAGUAUCAGCAGCGGUAUCGUGCGCCGCUCAUGUCCAUCAUGAGAGGGCAGCGCUGCACUGAAAUUGACAAGCAGAAUCGACCCUGCAAACCCGAAAACUGCCAAGACUGCGAGAAGCCUUUUGAAUACGAUGAGUGCGGCUCUCCGUGCGGGAAACACUGCGAUCUGAUUGGUCAAACUGACACCUGUGUGGUCCACCACAACUGCACACCUGGCUGCUUCUGUCCCGAGGGUCUCUUGCAGCAGAAUGGAUCAUGUGUGCGUCCGGAUCAGUGUGGAUGUGUCCACCUCCUUCAAGAGUUGUCAGACAAACCUGUACCGGUCACUGUCCCGCAGGGGGCGCUGGUGACCAAGGGCUGCAGUACAUGUCUUUGUCAUGACGGCUCUCUGCAGUGUGAGUUACAAGAAUGUGAAGUGGUGGUCAGCGAGUGGUCAGAGUGGACGUCCUGCUCUCCGUGUGUCCCGUCAUCCUCGUCUCUCUCCAGCGGGAACGCUUCUGGUCUUGUGUCCGUACAGCGGCGUUUCCGGGCGUGCUUGAAUGUGGACUCCGGGCUGCCAAUCAGAGGGCGAGAGGGCGAGUGUUCUGAAGAGCUGGAGGAAGAGAGGAUCUGCCCGCAGCCUGACAUCUGCACCGAUCUGUGUCACUGGAGCACGUGGAGUGUUUGGAGUGUCUGUAAAGACCCAUGCAGCGGAGGAUACCGCCAGCGUGAGCGACGACCUCUGACCUCCGAUCCUGGACCCCACUGCAGGAAUCUGCAGACACAGUCUCAGAGCUGCAACACUGGCCUCUGUCCUGGUGAGCAUUGUGAGGACAGGGGGCGGGUCUAUGAUGGCUUGUGUGCCAAUCAGUGUCCCCGCAGCUGUGCAGACCUCUGGGAGCAUGUGCAGUGUCUACAGAGCACCUGUCAUCCAGGGUGUCAAUGUCCACAAGGCCAGCUGUUACAGGACGGAGUGUGUGUGGGAGUGAAUGAAUGUCACUGUGGAGUUCCGGUGGAGAACGGAACGCUGGAGAUCAAACCCGGAGAGAACAUCACCGUCAGCUGCAACACCUGUGUGUGUGUGAACGGAUCUCUGGAGUGUACGGAACGGACGUGUCCUGUCUACGGUCCAUGGGGAUCGUGGAGUGACUGUUCGGUGUCGUGUGGGACGGGUCAAAGGAUGCGCAGUCGACCGUGCACACGCACAACAGGAGGACCGACCUGUGUCGAUAUGGUCCAGAAACAAACCUGCUCUCUGUCAUCCUGUCCAGCUGGUUGUGUUUUGAGUGAGUGGUCAUCUUGGAGUGACUGCAGCGCCUCCUGUGGUGGAGGAGUGUCACUGCGCAGAAAGACAGUCCUACAGGAGCCAGAGCCUGGGGCCCCGACCUGCCCUGGACCCCUCGAACAACACACCGCGUGCAAUACUAACAGCUGCCUGCCCGAUUGUCCUCCUGGUCAGGUGUUCAGUACCUGUGCAGGUUCGUGUCCGUACAGUUGUGAGGAUCUGUGGCCUGAAAAUCAGUGUGUGCCGGUGACCUGCAGUCCUGGAUGUAGCUGCCCGUCCGAUGCUGUUCUGCUCAACGGAACCUGUGUUUCCCAGUCCGAAUGUCCCUGUUCUGCUCUUUUGCUCCUGCCGGCGUUCUCCAACAUCACCCUGGACGUCCCGGAAAACGAAGUUCCCCCUGGAACUGUCAUACCAUACAUGUGCAACUUGUGUGUUUGUGAAGGUGGGCUCUUUACCUGCACUAAUGAGUCAUGCAAUGUGGACUGUGAGUGGAGUAGCUGGUCUGUGUGGAGCUCGUGUUCAGCAUCGUGUGGAUCUGGUCAGCAGUUCUCGAGUCGGAUGGUUCAGCGUCAGCGUCAGUACGGAGGGCAGGAGUGUGACGGGCCUUCACACAGAAACAGAGUCUGCCGGGGCCCCGACUGUGAGUGUCGAGAGGGUGAGCGUUGGUUCUGGAGUGUGUCGGGAUCACAGCGUGUUUGUGAGCGCGGAUGUAUGGACUUAUACAACCCUGAACCGCUCAACUGCACGGGAUCCGGGGCCACGGAGGGGUGUGUCUGUGACGAGGGACGAUACAGAGACCUGCAGGGCCAGUGUGUGAUUCCAGCUCUCUGUCAGUGUGAAGACGAGGACGGGACGAUUCGAGAGGCGGGAUCUGAGUGGGUGGACGGUUGUCAGACUUGUCGUUGUGUCAAUGGCCAGAAACUCUGUCAAUCAAACUGUCCUCCACUUCAUUGUUCUGAGGGUGAAGUGAAGGUUCUGGAAGCAGGCGACUGCUGCCCUGUGUGCCGGAGACAGUAUCCAGAGGAUCCCGUUGCCGAGUGCCGUCGUUACACUGAGGUCAGGAACAUCACCAAAGGCGACUGUCGCCUCGACAACGUGGAGGUCAGCUUUUGCAGAGGGCGCUGUUUAUCCAGAACUGAUGUCAUUCUUGAGGAGCCUUACCUGCAGGCGUUUUGCGACUGUUGCAGUUACAGGCUCGACCCGCAGAAUCCCGUACGCUUCCUCAGCCUGCAGUGUGCCAGCGGAGACAUCGAGCCUGUCGUUCUGCCUGUCAUUCACAGCUGUGAAUGUACCAGCUGCCAGGGGGGAGACCUGUCGAGACGUUGAAUGGCCACUGAUGAAUGGACCGAGCGUUUGGAGAGAAAAUGCGUCGUCAUCUUGUUCGUUCAGUGUUCUUUAUGUAGCUUGUCAUUAUAUGACUGAAUCUUUUCUAUUUGAUAUUUUCUAAAGCUCUACGAGAUCUGUACAGCCUUUAAAUUAUGUUAAGAUUUAUGACUUUUCUCAGUCUUUAUUAUUUUGUUAACCCUGUUGUAUUUUACUGGAAUAUUCUUUAUUUUACUAACUCUCUUGACUAUAAAGAAAUGAAUUAGU